CAUAAUUAAGUUAAAAUGGAACAUAAAUACCUUACUCAAAAGAAGAAAGGGAUGAAUGAGAGCAGAAAUCAUUACCAAAGCUCCGGUAGAAAAGGAUUGCAGGAAAUGAAAAAGGAAUUGCAUGACGAGCUUCAUGGAAAAUUUAGCCCUAGAAGAUUUAAGAGAAGGACCAACGACAGAAUGGCCAAGCAUUACCAUUCGAAAAGGAAAGACCAUAAAAACAGAGAAUACUCUGUCAGGAGGGCCAUGAGAGGAACUUAUAUCAUUCCUGAAAACCAAACUGAUGUAUUGCUUGAGUUCAGAAAAAGAUCUCGCAGAUUUAAGUUCGAGGGUUCUUUCACUGGUAAUUUUAAUGUCGGUGCUCAAGAAACUUCUAACCGUAACCCAACUACUGACUCAGAUGACCUUCAUACUCCUACGAGAAGAAGAUCAAAAAGUUGUUCAAAUCCUGAGACGAAUAGUCUUGAUGAUCUUAUUGUCCAAUCUGAAAUGAAUAAAGCUGAUUUGAGGGAACGUACAGUUGUAGCUUUGCAUAAAGCAGCUGAAGUAAUUGGUUCGUAUGCUGAAACGAAUUCUCCUGGCAAUGUUUUAGAGAAAACCCAAGAAACUUUGAACGAUUUUAUCAAGAAUGCAGAGUGGAAAAGGCAAAUUUAUGACUCCAAAGAAGGUCAGCAUAAACAAAAUGAAGAAUCAAAAGAAUUAUCAUCAGUAAGUGAUUACUCUGUUGUCAAGAAUGGAAGAUAUCCCAUCAAGUCUUCCAAUUCAAGCGGUCCCCAUCCAGACUUAAAACUUCCAGGGAAAUUUCAAAGAAGCACUCCAGGUAAAUCUAUCAACAUUGCAGAUACAUCUACUGGAGAAGAACACUCCAACAAGGAGUUGUCAUCUAUCAAAGAAGAUCUUGCUCCUGAAGAUAUCGAAGAAUCUUCAAAUAUCAAACUUGAGUGGGAGCAUUUUGAUGAUAAGGUUUUGACUCUUUUGAAGGUUGAAGGAAUUGAAAGGUUUGACCAAAAGGUUUUGCAGCGCCAGUUUAGAGAGAAAAGAUCUCUCCAGCAUAAAACUCAGGUGCUAGUUAUCAAAGGAAAUGGACCUGUCAACCCUAAGCUUUUCUCAUUCUUAGUUGGAGAGCAAGAAGGUUUUGCUGAAGACAUCAUCAGUACCUUUGAUGAAUUAUGGAUCAAAGGCUGCAGUUUUAAGCUAGAGGAGCUAGACGAAGUUAUCAGAAAGCUCCCAAAGCUCCAAAUGCUUGUAAUAGAUAGAGUAAAUAUUCUAUCAUCAUUAUCCAAAUUCAUAAGGAGCCCAUUUUUAUCAGGAAUCGAAAGAGGUAAUGUAAAAUUUGAGGUUUGUAAGCUCAAUAACUUCACCUUCAAAAGCAAAGAUAUAAUCAGUUCAAGCCAGUCGGAAAUUACAAAAUUCCUGAAGAAGCUCUACACUAGCUUCGAGAAGUUUGUUAGCACUAAGAUAGCUAUUUCAAACUCGAGCAUAGUAGAGUCAGUCAAAAUGAAUAUACUGAAGGAUCUUGAGGCCAACUAUCACACCCAAGUUGUGUGUGAAGAAGAGAGUAUUACGUUCCUGUGCCAAUCUACACUCUCAGAGAACUAAACUCAGAUUAAGAAGCUAAAAUAAGAAGUCCUUCCUCAGCAUUUAUAUUAUACUAUUAAUUCCAAU